UUUUUCUUCUUCUGUGUACAGGUUGGUGAACUUUCCCAGCAGCUGGACAGGGAAUCUAAAAAAUGCAUGCAGCUGGAAGCCAAAAAUCAGGAUUUGCAAGAAGAGCUAUCCACCCUGCAUGGGAAGUGUGAAAACCUGGAGAAGAGCAAAUGCCAUCUGAAAGAAGAGCUGGCAAAACUCCAACAUCAUUCGGAAACUAACCUGGUAGAUCGCAGCCAAAUAGAACAAUAUAAAAGGGAGGUGGAAGAACGAGCUGGACAAGAAAUAAGACAAAAACUACAAGAAGUCAAUCUGUUUUUGCAAGCACAGGCAGCCUCCCAGGACAGAUUAGAACAAAUCAGAGCCAGUCAUCAUGCUUCACUAAGAAACCAGCUAAAAGACAGAAUUAGAGAUCUUGAAUGUGAACUGGACAGGAUAAAAAAUACCCAACAAGACAGUACUUUUCAAAAAGAAUCCACCCAGGCAGAAGUGGAAAAGUACAAAGAGCUGUAUCUGGAGGAAGUGAAAACCAGAAAAGGCCUAGCCAAGAAACUGGAAAGAGCUAAUGAGAGACUUUCAGAGGCCAACACCAAGCUUCUUCGGGAGCGCCAUAGAAGCAAAUCUUUAAUCACAAGCAGCAUUGUCAGCGGACAUCUGGCUGCAAGUCCACUUCUGCAUUCAACUGGCCUGGGAUAUCUUGGGAACAGUUUGGGACUGAACAGAAGUCUCAGUCUUGGAGGAAACUUCCUAAGCCCAACAGAAAACACAUUAUCACCAAGAAACAGAGUUGAAGCCUAUGUGGCCAAGGUGAGCAUUUUGAAUUGCUGUUUUUGACUACUGCUGAGGAGAAUCUGUAUGCAAGGUUAUCCUUUUUACCCUAAAGUUCGAAUCCAUUUAUUGUUCCAUGCCAUACUCUCUAAUAUGCCAGAGCAACUGCUAAUCCUCAGAACUGUAGACAGCUAUAUGUGGUAAGGCCGAAGAGUUUUGGUCAUCAGGUUUGUACAAAUUUUCCAGAGUGGUCA